AUGGCCACACUUGAGGAAAAGACUAUCGAGACCGAGCGCUCACUGACCUACACAUACUAUGUCUCACCCAAGACCAACGACAAUUCCCUUCACCAGCUUUACCUGCCGUACCAGAUUAUCGUUCCAGACUGCCUCGGGAACGCGGGUACUUCCAAGCCUCGUGAUGUCUCCAAGUACAAAUGGUCUGGCCAAUGCGCUGACCUUCUGGAUAUCCUGAGGGCGGAGGACAUUGAGAAGGUCGUCGUCAUUGGUCACGACUGGGGAUGCAUCCUGGCCCAGCGGUUCUGCCAAUCGCCAUCCAAAAAUGAGAAAUUCGACCUCGUUAAGUUUAAUGCCCUGACCAAAGAGCGCUUUGGAUAUCCCCUCUUCCGGUAUUGGUAUUUCUUGACCUUUCCGGACGGCUACAAAGUCAUCGAUAGCAAACUUGAAAGAUUCUCGGCAGUGCUGCAUGGCGCCGACCCUGAUUGGAUGAAGACGAUGUUCGCCGGCAAGGAUGCAAUGGUAAAUUACAUGUCGGGCAACGAGCGGGUUGCGUUGAAGCCGUAUGCAGCCGACCCCAAAUGGAGGGACGACUUUAUGCAACGCUUCACCAAGGCCGGCUUCCAGGCCCCAACGAACUGGUACAAGGCACACCUGACCAAUGUCCAAUGGGAAGACGACCAGAGUAUUCCCAAGGAGAAUCAUGUUGUCAAUGUCCCUUUCUUUUUCGUCGGGUGCACGGGUGACACCGUUGGACGGACAGACCUGAUUAACAUCUUGAGGGAGGCGGGAUACUUGCCAGACUUCGAGAUGACCUAG